AUGGAGCUCUCGUUUAUGUCAACUUGCGCCAUUUUCUUAAUGACCUCCCUGUCUCUUUCAUUGUUCUUCAUCUACAAGCACAAAUCCAGUGACUCAAGAGGAAACCUCCCACCGGGAAAAAUGGGCUUACCGUUAAUUGGAGAAAGCAUAGAGUUCCUCUCGACAGGCCGGAAGGGGUGCCCUGAGAAGUUCUUGUUUGAUAGAAUGGCCAGGUUCUCGCCGCAGGUUUUCAAGACCUCAUUGCUCUUCGAACCAACCGCAGUCAUUUGUGGCGCUGCUGGGCACAAGUUCUUGUUCUCCAACGAGAACAAGCUUGUUUCUGCAUGGUGGCCAGCCACCAUAAACAAGAUCUUCCCUUCGACACUCCAAACAACAUUGAAAGAGGAAUCAGCAAUUUUGCGUAGGCAUCUUUUAGGGUUUCUCCAGCCAGAAGCUCUCCAAGCAUGCGUUAGUGUCAUGGACAUGAUUUCACAGAGACACUUCCAUUCCAAAUGGUAUAAUAAGGAAGAGGUGACCGUGUAUCCUCUGGCUACUAGGUACACCUUCUGGCUGUCUUGUCGCUUGUUCUUGAGCAUAGAAGAUCCCAAUCAUGUGGCAAAGCUUGCUGGUCCCUUUGAUGUGUUGGACCACGGGAUCAUUUCGAUGCCAGUGGACUUUCCGGGGACAGCUUUCAACAGAGCGAUCAAAGCAUCAAAACUGAUCCGGGAGGAGCUGCAAGAGCUCAUGAAGCAAAGGAAGAUUGAUAUUGCAGAAAAGAAAGCAUUACCAACACAAGAUAUAUUGACUCACAUGCUCAUGACCGCAGAUGAGAAUGGACAAUACAUGAAAGAAACAGACAUUGCAAGCAAGAUUCUUUCUUUACUUAUCGCAGGGCACCAGUCAUCAAGUGCAGCCAUAACUAGUAUUGUCAAGUAUCUAGCAGAGAUGCCAGAGUUCUAUAAUAAGGUUUUACAAGAACAACUGGAGAUUUCAAAAUCAAAAGCACCAGGGGAGCCGUUGAAUUGGGAAGAUAUUCAAAAGAUGAAAUAUUCAUGGAAUGUAGCACGGGAAGUCAUGAGACUUGCACCACCACUUCAGGGAGCAUUCCGAGAGGCCAUUACUGACUUCAACUAUGCUGGUUUCUUAAUUCCAAAAGGCUGGAAGUUAUAUUGGAAUGCAAACUCAACCCAUAGAAAUCCUGAAUGCUUCCCCGAGCCUGAAAAAUUUGAUCCUUCAAGGUUUGAAGGGAACGGACCUGCACCUUACACCUUUGUGCCUUUUGGAGGAGGGCCGAGGAUGUGCCCUGGAAUGGAAUUUGCUAAACUUGAAAUCCUAGUUUUCAUGCACAAUAUAGUGAGAAAGUUCAAAUGGGAGAAGCUGCUUCCAAAUGAGAAGAUCGUAGUAGAUCCAGUGCCGAGACCUGAAAAGGGGCUUCCAAUUCGCCUUCAUCCUCACAAACUUUAA